AUGGCUCAACGAAUGCGAGCAGUACAGUACACCUCGGUCCAGGGAGGUCUCGAGAAGAACCUACGCUAUACUGAUCGUGAGUUCUUCAAGAAGUUUGUCAUGAUAUCGAGCUCACUGUUGUCGAACNNAGAGGCAUUAGCUCCUCCACAUGACGAACAGAUGCAACGCGGAGACCACAUUAUGGUCGAGGUCAUCUCUGCUUCCAUUAACCAAUUCGAUUGGAAAAUGCCCGAGACGCCUGUCAUCGGAAAAGCCUUGACUUACUCUUUCACUUCUUCUGCCACGAUACCUGGCAUGGACUACUGUGGAAGAAUCAAGUCAACUGGCUCCGUCAUCGAUAGCUUCAGCAUUGGCGAGUUGGUAUAUGGACGCUUGACUAGACCCACAUCUUCGGGCACUCUUGCUCAAUAUGUCAACAUCGACCCUGGGACCUGCAUACCACUUCCGGAAGGAGUCAACCCAGAUCACGCCGCCACAAUUGGUGUUGCUGGAGAGACAGCUUACCGCAGCAUCGUGCCGAAUGUGCAUACUGGCGAUAGAGUGUUCAUCAAUGGGGGCUCUUCAGGCACGGGUACCUAUGGAAUUCAGAUUGCCAAACUUUUGGGCUGCCAUGUCACUGUAUCUUGCUCAACAUCGACAAUCGAACUUUGCAAAGAGCUCGGUGCAGACGAAGCUUUCGAUUAUUCAAAAACGGAUCUCAUUGCGGAAUUAAUCGAAAGUGGAAAGACAGAACCAUUCGACCUUGUGGUAGACGAUGUUGGUCAACCUGAAGAUCUCUACAAGGAAUCACACCUCUUCCUCAAACCUGAGGGCAAAUUCAUCUCGGUCGGCAGCAAGAACGAUAUUGCCUCACUUGCAGCACGUACACUCCCGACGUUCUUGGGUGGUGGCAGGCGCAAGUCGGAACAGGUCCACGUUCUGCUUGGAACACAUCGGGACGACCUGGUCCAGCUUGGAAGAUGGAUGGCUGAGGGCAAGAUCAAGGCUGUCAUUGACUCAACUUAUCCUCUGGCAGAUGCGGCAGAGGCAUAUGCAAAGUUGAAGGGUGGUCAUACACAUGGAAAGAUCGUAAUCCGGGUGAAUGCAAAGCAAUGA